AUGGAAUUUGCAAGUUUGAAAAUGUAUUUUGAUAGGAAAUUUCAAGAAAAUCGCAGGUUUUUUCAUGAAAAAUCGAAUUUUUCGUGAUUUUUGUCGCGAAACUCGAAUAUUUUAUUGUAAAACAAUGCAUUUAUCAGUAACUAUUCAUUUUCUCUCAUUAUUUUUUGUCAUUAUCUUAUUGUUUUUGAGGGUUGUAAUAACAAACAAACCUCUUUUUCUUAUCUCACAUUUCUCUUUUUUGAAUAAAAAUAUUUUCAGACCACAAAUCUUUCUUCAAAACUACAUUUGGCAGUGGAUUGGAUUGGAUAUUGGAAAGCGACAAAAAAGGCGAAAAAAGUUGGUUUUUUUGUUUUGUUCAUUUCAUUUCGUGUGAAAAUCUGGAUUUUUGCCCACCGGUGCGCAAAGUUAUUAUAUAUUAUAUAUUGUGUUAUAUAUUAUUUUCUAUAUAUAUAUAACGUAAUUUUCAUUUUUUGGACGUUUUUCCGCGCGGAAGCGUGCGGUUUUCGCGCGAAAUUGCGGAGAAAAGUAUAGUAGUUUCCUUUCUCAUAAAAAUGUCAGAAUUUCUCACGAAUAAUUGUAGCAAUUAGUAGGAAUCGAACAAUUACCAAAUGUAUAUGUAUGUAUGAAAAAACGGAAGAAAAAAGAGAGAAAAACCUUGAAAAGUUCGAGAGUUCCUUUUGAAAAUUUCACUGUUUCAAAGUUUUUUUCAUUUUUUUGCUGAGAUCUGAAGUUAUUACCUAUCUUCUGUGAUUUGAUGAUUGAAAAAAUCUGAAAAUUUUUCAACUGACUGAAAAAUAUUCUGAAUUUUAUAAGACUAUAAUGAUGUUACAAUCAAAAAUUGCGAAAUGAAAAUUUUAUCAUACAUUUUUGAAACAGUAAAAAUUUUUUUUUGAAAAAUAUGCAAACUCACCAAUGAAAAUUGAAUUUUUUUCAAUUUCACAAAAUUUUGAAACGUAAAAAACACAGGAAAAUUAAUAAUUUUAUAAAAAUGCGUUUUUGUUGUCUGCGCUCUCUCAUUUUCCCAUUGUCUCUUAUUAAAAAUAUGUAUUUUUUAUUCAAGAAAUAUUUAACUGUUUCAAAGUUUUCUCAAUUAUUUUUUUCUAGGAGCUGAAGUUGAUUACUAGUUGAAGGUUUUCGAAAUUGAAAAAUAAUUAGAAAUCUUGGAAGAUUCAAGAAAUGAAAUAUUUCACUGUUUCAAAUAUUUCUGAAAUAAAAUUUACUAGGGUUAAAAAUCAGUUCUGACAUAUUGUUGACUUGUAAUUUUUUGAAACGGUUAAAGAAUGUGUACAAAAACAAAUUAAUUUGCAAUUUUUUCGAUUUCUCAAAAUUUUGAAACGUAAAAAACACAGGAAAAUAAUGAAGUUGUCUCGAAUUACAAAAUUUCUUGAGACUUUGAUUUUCAAAGGUCAAUUGGCUCAAAAUUUUGAAACAGUGAAUUUUUCUCAUGAAAAAAUUUUUUUUAUUUUUAAAACAGUAAGCCUAACUUUCACCCCCAAAAAGUUUAACUAAUCUUCCUUUUUUCAAUUCAAAAAGAUAUCAUUUGCAAGUUAAAUUGUUGUUGUUUCAUUUCAUUUCCUACCUUCUUCUUCUUCUUCUUCUAAAAUAUCUAAUUUCACUUUUCGCCUAAAAAUGUUGCGAAAACGCAUAUUAUUAUUAUUAUUCUGAUUCAUAUUAUUAUUGUUAUCCACAAAAUUCACAGUGUUGUUGUUCCGCAAAAUUUUCUUGCGCGCCAAGAUUUUUGAAUGAUAAGAUCCGGAUUUCAAAAAUUUGUGUUUCACCCCGCAUUUUAUUAUUUUUCCGAAGAGAAGAAGAUGAAUUUUUGACCUAGAUCAUUUUUAUUUUGAAUUUUUACCGCAAGAAGUUUCCCUAACUUUUUUUCUAGAAACUUGUUCGGCGUUUUUCCCUAAAGAGCCCCUUGAGAUCAUGAGAUAACUCAAGCAAAGUUCAACUUUUUUUCAAAGGCGAGAGAGAGAGAGUAUUUGGGAUUAGAGACGCAGAGAAAUUGAAUAAAUGUAUAAUUAGGCUUCUUAUUGUAUUCGUAUUAUUCAUUUUUCUUUAGUAGGUUGUGACCUUGGCUUUUUCUCGCUGCCUGGAGAAAAAUUAUGAAAAAAAUUUUUUUUUCCGAUUUUCUUGAUGGUUAUAAUUAUGAUUCAGGGCGAUUUUUGGAGCGUGACCUUUGAAGAUUUUUGGAAAAUUGCUGGUCAUUUUUAUUCAGAAGUUAGGGUAACUUUUGUGCUGCGAUUUUGAUUCAAAAAUCGAUAAUUUCAAAAAAAAUUCUGAAUUUCCAAAAUUCAGCUAUGAAAAAAAAUUUGAACCUAAAUUUUCCGAAAGCUUCAAAUUCAGAUGCAAAAAUAUAUAAUUUUUCGAAAAAAAAAUAUUUGAGAAUUUCAGCAGGAUCUCAGCGUGGCUGAAAAUUUCAGAUAAAUUCAAAAAAGCUCCAGAAUUCUCAGGUUAAAAAAUUUGAAAGGGAACAGAAAAAAAAUUGAUGAUAAAUUAUAUCAAAAUUUUGAAACGUAUUUUUUUUUGUUUUUGAAAAAUUUGAAUUUUUCAAUCAAAAUUUGACGAAAUGAAGCAAUUUUGGGCUGGAAUUUCAAGCCACGUGGCAUUUUCUAAGAUUCUGAGAAGCUCUACUUAGAUUCUGCGUUGCCACGUGGAUUUUCGGACCUGAAAAUGUGUUGAGCUCCUAGAGAAAGGUUCUGGAGUUCAUUUAGAGUUAGGCUAAAUUAUCUCAUAAAAUUUUUGGAACAGAAUUCUGGAGCUCUGAAAUUUUCAGCCGAAGAUUUUUUUUGAAAAAUUAUUUUUGCACCUGAAUUUGAAGCUUUCGGAAAAUCUAGGUUCUUAUUUUUUUAAUGCUGAAUUUUAAAAAAAUUCAGAAUUUCAUCCGAUUUCGAAUUUCUUUCUCCCAAAAAGCCCCUAAUUCCGAACUUCUUCCUGAUUUUCCAUCAUAUUUCCUCAACUAAUUAUGUGAUCAUCCUCAUUUUCCUUGUUUUUUUUGUCCAUCGCCGAUAAUUGACAAGUUCAUCUUCUUUUUUUCCCUUUUUUCCCUCAUUACAUGAUCUUGAUUUGACCAAAUUAUUGGAAGAAUUCGCAAUUAGAAAUGGAAUUUGAUGUGAAAUCUGUCAGAAGAAGAAGAGAUUGUUAUCUUGAUUUUUCUGGAUCGGUUUUCGAUUUUUGAGGUGACAAGUUGAGCUAAAAAUACAUUUUCUGAUAGAUUUUGACCUGCUGAUCAUGAUUCUGUUGACAGAAACUACUUAGCUUAACUCUGAAUGGAAUUAUGACGUGGCAAAGGUGGGGUUUUCAGAAAUCUGAAAUUUUCGAUAUUCUGAAACUGGAACCAUAGCUAUUCUAGAUUUGCCACGUGGAUUUGAAAUUUUAAGCUUGAAAAUUUAAUUUUGUCUGGAAAACAUAAAUUUUUAAAUUUUCUGGGGAAAUCUAGAACGUUAGUUAAGGAAUUUACCUAAUCUCCCCUCUUUAACCUGAGCAAUGCCUAUACAAAGAGCUUAAGAAGUGUAUAAUCUGAGCAAUCCUUUGGAGUAUAAAAUGAGCAACCUUCGUUUUUUUAACCUGAGCAAUCAUCUCGAAUAUAAAAUGAGCAACACCUUCCACUUUAACAUGAGCAACCGAUUUUCUUUCAGUUACCCUAUCUUUCUAGAUUUUCCAAAAAAGUUAGGCUAACUUUGCCACGUCGUAACUCACAGAAGAGUUCAGCACACCAUGAUCACAAGAUCUAGAGCCAGGUCAAAAGGUUCCGCUAACAUUUUUCGAAAUGUCAAAACUUCCUCCCUCAACUUUGCCUCGCAAAAUCUCCAGAUGUCUUUCAUUUUUCUCAAUUUUUUCUUCCACCCUCUCAAGCCACGCCCCUCAUUUUUUCUACUGAAAAAAAAUGAGAGAGCGAUACUUUGUUAAACCAAAACUAGAACUAGUACAUUUGUGGCUGCCCCAACAUUGAAAAAUCUGUUAAUCGAGUUAUUUCGUAUGUUUGGUGGGAGAUGUCAAAAUGGGAUUUGAUUUGGCGGCGAUUAGCGAAGAAACCACCACAUCAGCAGCUUCUUCUCCUUCUGGACUUCCACCGAUUUCGCACAAGUCCAGAAGAAGUUCUAGUAGUGAUAUUUUGAUUAUGUUUGAGGCGGAGAGGAAGACGAGUUUGAGAAGUGAAUUGAAGGCGAAAUGUCGACAGAAGAUUUUUCGCAGGAAUCAAUCGAGCAGGUUUGGAAGAAGCUUCUGAAUUUGUGACUUAGCCUAACUCUCUGUGGAUUCUUGAUUUUUCUAUGAGGAUUUUGAGCUUGAACUUUGUUUAGGGCAAGUUUUUGAAUUUUCUGAUUCGGAUCAUUUCCCCAAAAAAUCCUGGAUUCAAUAACUUAGGCUAUAUUCUUCUUCUGAAACAGUAGAUUUUCCUUUAAUCUCCUAAUAAUUGCAAUCGAUCAGUUCUACAAGAUUUUCGAAAAAUCUUAGGAUUAUUUUGAAACAGUAGAUUUUUUCACUGAAAAAUUCUGUUUUUUUCAAAUUUUUUACCAAGGAAAUUUUAUUACGCAAUAAUUCGUUCGGUUUUGCGAAAAUUCUUUACGAUUUUUUGAAACAGUGAUUUUUUCUGGAUUUUUUUCGUCUGAUGAAAAAAAAACAAUUUUCAAGAUUUUUUCUUGAAACAGUGAAUUUUUUCCGGGAAUUUUUUUUCUUCUAGAUAAUUUCACUGUGCAUUUUUGAAACCACAAUUUUGAUUUUUAAACGUAUUUUUAUUUUCACACAAAAAAUUGGAUUCUGAAAAAUUUUGAAAAUUUAUUUGAAAAUUAUCAGUGAAUCACUGGUUCCAAAAAUAAUUCACCGAUUUUUGAAACAGUAAAUUUUUUUUUGAUAUUUUUUCUCCGAAAUUUUUUAACCGCUAAAAAAAAGUUUUCUGUAUCAAAUCAUCCGAUUUUGCAAACAUUCUUUACGAUUUUUUUGAAACAGUAAUUUUUUCUGGACUUUUUUCAAAAAGAUUUUGUUGCUAACAAUUAUCUGAUGAAAAAAAAACAAUUUUCAAGAUUUUUCUUGAAACAGUGAAUUUUUUCCCGGAAUUUUUUUUUCUAGAUAAUUUACGUAUUUUUCACACGAAAAAUUGGAUUCUGAGAAAUUUUGAAAAUUUAUUCGGAAAUUUCUAGUCAGAUCUAUCAGUUAAUCACCAGUUCCAAAAAUAUUUCACCGAUUUUUGAAACAGUAGAUUUUUUUUUUGAUAUUUUUUCUCCGAAAUUUUUUAACCGCUAAAAAAUGUUUGUGGACUAAAUCAUCCGAUUUUGCAAAACAAAAAAUUUUCAAGAUUUUUUCUUGAAACAGUGAAUUUUUUCCGGGAUUUUUUCUUCUAGACUAUUUCACUGUGCAUUUUUGAAACCACAAUUUUGAUUUUUGAAAGUAUUUUGAUAGAAAAAUUUUUUUUUCACACGAAAAAUUGGAUUCUGAGAAAUUUUGAAAAUUUAUUUGAAAAUUAUCAGUGAAUCACCAGUUCCAAAAAUAUUUCACCGAUUUUUGAAACAGUAAAUUUUUUUGAAUGAGAUUGUUCAAAAACCUGUUUAUUUUUUUUCUGCCCAGCGAUUUUCGAUGUUCCAAAAAAUCCCCUCGAGACCCAGGGGUUCCACCUUUUUACGAUUUUUAUUUUUAUUUUUAGUUUUUUUUUUCCACCCUCACUUUUUUUUGUCCCAGCGGAUCUUGCAAUUUUUUUACAACUGAAAAAUAAAACUGAUUCUGAGACAACAUUUUUCUCCACAAUGAUUAGUUUAGAAAUAUUUUAAUUGAAUUCCUCCAUUUUUUCUUUUUCCAAGCUUCACCCUGAAAUUCUUCAACUGAAAAAAGAAAAAAAAGGAAUUUAUGGUCACGAAACUAAUUUCUUUCCUCAUUUUUUCUCCAAAGAAAUUCCUGGAGAAGAAGCGAAAAAAAAGUGGAAGAAGACCAGGAGAAAAAACCAAUUUAUUAUAAAAAAUUGAGAGAACGAAGGAAAAACUUAUUAAAUAUUUAUUGUUUUUUUUCCUUCCAAUUUUUUCUUGCUUCUUCUUCUUCUGCUGAAACUGAAGGAUGAAGGAAACACAAUUUUUGAAACAAGAAAAAAAAUGAGAAAGUGAAGUUUUGAGGGACUUGGGGACCUUAAGAGCCUAAGAACUAGAGUGUAGUUUUAAGGUAUUUUUUUCGAAGACCUUAAAAGCGUUAGGGGGCCUUAAAAGCUUUAGGGACCUUGAAAGAGCCUAAGGGAUGUUUGAAACUAGAGUGUAGUUUUAAGGUAUUUUUUUCGAGGACCUUUAAAGCUUUAGGGGGCCUUGAAGGUUUUAGGGACCUUAAAAGAGCCUAAAGAAUGCUUGAAACUAGAGUGUAGUUUUAAGGUAUUUUUCCGAAGACCUUAAAAGCUUUAGGGGGCCUUAAAGGCUUUAGGGGCCCUAAGAAGAGAUGCUUGAAACUAGAGUGUAGUUUUGAGGGUCCCCAAAUCACCCUAAAUUCAUAGAACGCUAAUCCUUUUGAAACUAGAGUGUAGUUUCUCUGAAAAAAUUUGAAAAAAAAAAACAUUUUCACGUGUUCCAAAAAAAUCACGUGAAGUUUUCCACGUAUUUUGAAAAAUUGUCAUUUUUUGAUUUUUGGGGGCUACGAAUCGGCUUCUGUAUGUUUUUUUCAAAAAAAAAAAAAAUAAUAAAUUGGAGUUAGGCUAACUUGUGAACAUUUUUUUUUGCAAAAAAAAACCACUGUUUCAAAAAAUCUAGGAAUUAGAAAAUAAAAAAUUCGAUUAUUACGGUUUUGAUUUCGAAUAUUUUUCAAUAACAAAAAGUCUUCAGAAACUUCAAUUUUUGCCUGAAAAUUUAGGCUAAAAUCUGAAUUAUGGAUUCUAUUUAUUUUCCAGCUAGAUCUUAGCUCCCAAGAUCCAGAUUCUAAAAACUUUCUGGAAAAUUCUGAAAAUUGUUCUUUUAAUUUACAAUUUUCAGAUUCCUUGUGGGAAAAUCCAGAUUUUCUCUGCUUCUCUCCACUCUCUCUCUCUCUCUCUCCCCAAUUUCCCCUAAUUUUUCCAGCAAUCUCAUCGAAUCUGCCAGCCAUCCCCGAUCUUCUUCCACCUCAACUCAACAAUUUCUAUCGGCUUGCAUCCGUCGUCGUCCGUCACUUCCCGCAAUUCCACCGCCAAUCAUCGAAGAGAUGAGCAGUAGUGUUGGACAUGCUCGAACUCGUCGACCUUCACUUCAUCCCGAUUGGACGACUGUUGCUGCUCACGGAACAACUUUGGAACAACAUCAGAGGAAUAUUAUGGCGGCCGUUGAUGUGAGUUUUGGUUUUGGGGGAAUUGCUUGGGAAAAAUUCACUGUUUCAAGAAAUUAUGAAAAAAAUUUAUCAAUUUUUACUGGUUGCGAUACAUCAACGAAAAUCAGAAAAAUAGAAAAAAAAUUUCCACCAAAAAUUUACUGUUUCAAAAAAUUUUGAAAAAAACAAUUAAUUUUGUGUAGUUUAUUCUAUACUCGUUUGUCAUUUGAUUAUCGAUUGAAAUUUUUUAGUUAAAUUUCAAUGUGAAGCAUCUUUGAAAAAGAUCAAAACAGUUUUUGAUUGAUGAAAAAUAUUUUUUAAAUUAUAUCCGAAAUUGAAAGAGCAUGAAAAAAUUCACUGUUUCAAGAAAUUUUGAGAAAUAAUUUCAUUUAUCAAUUUUCAAUAAUUUCUGCUAGUUUGUCUAGAAUAAAACAAAACAAAAAUAUUUUUACUGUUUUAAGAAAUUAUGAAAAAAUGAUUUCAUUUAUCAAUUUUUAAUGUUAUUUUAUCGGAAUAACCAGGAAAAAAUGUUUUUUACACCAAAAAUUUACUGUUUCGAGAAUUUUUGAAGAAUUAAUUUUAUUUGGUUGUAUUUGCUUAAUAUUCGGUGUUUGGUGAAAUUUCGAAGAGAUUUUUGAUUAAAUAAACUUAUAUCUGAAAAUGAAAGAGCAUAAAAAAUCUUACUGUUUUAAAAAUUUUUUAAAAAUAGUUUCGUUUAUCAAUUUUCAUUUUAAUUUCAUAGACAAGAAAACAGAAAAUCAAAAAAAUAGAAACAUAUUUUUUGUAUCAAUAAAAAUUUACUGUUUCGAAAAAUAAUGAAAAAUAAUUCAUGUAUUCGGAAUUUGCUAUGAUAAUGCUCUAGUCGUUAUUGCUAAAAUUAUAAUAUUUUUCACUGUUUCAAAAAAUUAAGAAAAAUAUUUUAAUAUUCGGAAUUUGAUCUUGAAAAAUGUAAAAAAAAAUCAAAAAUUAAUUUUUUCUUGUGCCAAGAAAUUUGUCAGAUCCUAUUGAGCAAUUUUAACUAAUUUUUAAAAAUUAAUAAAAAUUUACUGUUUCAAAAUUUUCAAAAGUAUUUUGGAUUUCUUUCGUUGGUCACUUGGUUUCUAAAGUUUGAAAAUAAUUUUUUCGAAGAAAAAUUACGUGAUGUAGAAUUUCGAAAGCUUUCCAAAAAAAGUUAGAGUAACUUCAAAAAUCUCCUUUAUCUUAUCAUUUUAGUGUAGUGUCAAAUUAAAACUCGAACACUUUUCUUUUUUUUUUCAUCUCAAUCAACACAGAUACAUUUUGCAACAACUAUAUUUCUCUAAUCCUCUUCUCUCUCGUUUUUUCUGGUGAAAUCUAGACCUCAUUAAGAAUAUCUUCCUACCUAGGCUAAUUAUUUUCUGUACUGUACCAGUUUUCGGUUUUUCUGGUCUCUGAAAUCCUAUUUUCUCUAUUUUUCUCAAAAAAAGUUUGCACAACUUUGAAAAAUUCAAUUUUCACUCACUUCUAAAGGUUCAAGCACCAUUUUUAUAUUGAAAAAUUCUAUUUUUUUUGGGAAAAAAUUGAAAUUUGUUUUUUUGUUGUAAUAAUUUCAGUGUGUUAUCAAUCUUCUUUUGUUUUUCUUCAGGUGGCCCCAAUUUUUGAUUCAUUUUGUUCCUUUUUUAAUUGAAAUUGAGAGGAGAGACUUGAUUAAAUUUUGGUCUGAAAAUGGGGUACGGUAGGAUUAUUUACCUGAUUUUUUGGAUCAUUUUCUGAGUUUUUCUGGAUUUUAGGCUCUCAAAUCUGACUAGUUAGAGAAGCAGAGGAGGUCAGAUAAGGUUAGAGAAGCAGACGGUUCUGAUCUACCUACAGUAACCCAAAAAAUCCCCAAAUUUGUCAAAAACUCUACUUCUCUGCGUCUCUAACCCAUAUUUGUAUCUCUAAUUCUCUAAACUCUAACCCAACAUUCCCUAACUCUCUCUCGCUCUGUCUAACCUUUAUUAAAAAUCUAGCACUCUCUGCGUCUCUAACCACUCUGAGUGUCUAGCUUUCUAAUCAAGUUGAUUCUAACUCUCUGCGUCUCUAACUUUUCUCUCUCAUAAGAGAUUAGAGAGUAGAGACAUAGGUUAGAGACGCAGAGAAAAGCUAGAUUUUUUUCAGAGUUUUCCUGAAUUAUAGCUGAUUUUUGGAUGAUUCACCAAAGAUUUUUGAUUUUUUGAAUUUCAAGAAAUUCUGGCGGUAAUUAGGGGUUUCUGAAAUUAGUUGUUUGAACUUUCUGAAAAUUUUCCAGUAGCUUUUUAAGAGCUCAAUUUUGUUCAGAAUUUCAGAAUUUUUUGUUUUUGAUGAACCGCAAGCUUCUUGAAGCUGCAAAGUUACCCUAACUUUCGAGAUUUCAAUUUGAAAUUCAGAACAAAUUCAGAAAAUUGAUAUAAAUUUUUGAAAAUUUUGAAACAGCGGAUUAUUUUUGUUGAAAAUUUAAAAACUUCGCAAAUCAAUUUUUUGAAACAGUGGAAAUUGUUUAUUGUUUCUGAGAAUAAAAUCAGAAAACUUGUGAAGCCCAAAAAAUUUGUGAAAAUUUUGAAACAGUGAAUUUUUUUGAAAAUAUAAAUUGGUUUUACUUUUAAAAAUUCCAAAAGUUGCAAAAAAAUCGCAAAAAAUUUUAUUUUUCAAAAAAUUCAGACAAAAAUGAUGAGCUGUAUUCAAAAUUUUUCGGCAAUAUUUUUUUUUCCUUCCAAAAGCAAAAAUCAACAUUUCUUUUUCCUUUGUCGAUCAAAAAAUAUACGAAAAUCUAUAGGAUUUUUGGCCCAGAAAUCUUCACAUUAUUCUCAUUUUUUUUCUCUGAUAUAGUUUGAUAUUAUUACGACUUUCUUUCUCAAUUUUCACUUUUUUGUAUCAUUUUUUUUAUUUUUCGCGCUUUAUUAUAAUAUAGUCUAAGUCUAACUAUUUUUUUCGUAACCUUGAUCAUCUAAAAAUCUCUCUAAAUUUUCUUUCCUCAAGAAAAAAUAUUCAGAAAUUUAUGCCAAGUGUUCGAAAACAAUCAUCGUUUCAUAGGGAGAAGGUUCAAAAUCAGUCUGGAAUUCGAGUCAGAUCUUAUUCUGCCAAAUGCAAGGUUAGAUGCGGAAACCGCAAGCUUCCGCGUAGCGAUAAGCUUGUGAAAAAUAAAACUAAUUUAGCCCUGGAAUGAUAAGAAUACCGUGAAGCAGGAAUCAUUUUCUCAAAAUCCAUGAAAAAUUAUAAUAAAAUUUUGAAACAGUGAGAUUUUUUCAGAAUUUCUGAUGAGAUAUUAGAAGUUUUGUAUCACAAGUUACUGUAGCUGAAUCACUGUAAUAUUAGAAAAUUUAAAUUUUUUAAUGAAUUUUUCAACAGGGAUUUUUUUUUGGAUUCCCAGAAAAAUUUGCUUGAAAAUUUGCUAAUGAAAAUUUGAAACAGUGAGAUUUUUCUGAAUCAAAUCUGAAUUUUCUUUUCCUGAAUUGUGGAUUUAUGAAUUAAAAUUUGAAACAGUUAUUUCUCCAGAACACAAAUCUUCAAUUAACAAAUCAGUUUCUAAAAAUCUAUGAAAAAAAUAUAAUGAAAUUUUGAAACAGUGAGAUUUUUCAGUGGAAACUAGAAUUUUGCGUUUUCGUAACCCCUAUUUAAAUUUAUCAAUUAAAAUUUGAAAUGGUUAUUUUUGUCCAAAUUUUGAAACAGUAAGUUUUUUUUUCAGUGGGAAUUAGAAUAUUUUGAAAAAUUGUGUAUAGAUUACGGUAACUGUAUUACUCUGAAUUUUAGUAUUUUUUUGAAAUUAUGAAUUUUUGAAUCGUAAUUUUUUUGUGAAAUGAAAUGUAAAUGAUCAUUUUCUAAAAAUCCAUGAAAAAUUAUAAAAAAAUUUUGAAACAGUGAGAUUUUUUCAGAAUCACAGAGAAAUUUGAUUUUUUUUAUCCUGACAAUGAAAAACUAUGGAUCUAUCGAUAAGAAUUUGAAAUAGUUAUUCCUCUCCAAAUUUUGAAACAGUAUUUUUUUUCAGCAUUCAAGUUGCAAGAGGCAUCAUUUUCUCAAAAUUCAAAUAUUUAUUUCAUGAAUUUUUGAAAAAGUGGAAUAACAUAGUUUCAGGAAAUGUUAAAAUUUAACUAGAGAUUACUAAAAAUUAAAAAAAAUUAAAAUUUGAAUUUUUCGGAACAGUAUGUAUUCAGAUGAAAAAUUAGAAAUUUUGUAUCACUGUGUUACUGUAGCUGAAUUACUGUAAUAUCAGAAAAUUUAAAUUUUUUUCAUGAAUUUUUCAACAGGGAAUUUUUUUUGGAUUUCCAGAAAAAUUUGCUAAUGAAAAUUUGAAACAGUGAGAUUUUUUCAGAAUCAAAUCUCAAUUUCUUUUCCUGAAUUGUGGAUUUAUGAAUUAAAAUUUGAAACAGUUAUUUCUCCAGAAUAAAAGUUGCAAGAGUCAUCAUUUUCUCAAAAUUUAGAAAACUAUUUCAUGAAAUUUUGAAACAGUAAAAUUUUUCAGACUUUUCUCAAAAUGAAAUGAAUGAAAUAAUCGUUACAAAUUUGAAGUUGUUAUUUUUGUCAAAAAUUUGAAACAGUGAAUUUCCCGCAAAGAGUUUUGUCAUUAAUUUCUCAAAAUUCAGAAAAUUAUUUUUUCAAAUUUUGAAACAGUGAGAUUUUUCAAAAAAAAGCUAAAAUUUUGAUCGGGCCCAUAUUUUCUAGAUCCCCCAAAAUUCCCCAUUUUUUUUCAGAAUCGAAUCCAUAACAUUGAAAUCGAACCGCCUCUCAACUACAUUCUAGCCAACUUCAAAGAUAUUGAUAACACUUUGGAAACUAUACAUUUUGAAUUUGGACAGCGGCUUUAUGAGGCUUUUGAACGUGAGUUCCGUGAAUUUCCGCGCAGCGGAUAACUUUACUGCUGCGCGGAAGCUUGCGGAAAAUCUAAAACCCUUAAUUUUCAGCCUAUCUUCGAGCCCGCGGCUUAACCAUCAAUGAUAUUGAAUUUUUUCUUGAAAAAUCGUCGACCCCGAUUCCAGAAAAUUCAGAAGCGAGAUAUUUAGCCGGACACAAGAUUUUUGUCAGAGGUUAGUUUUUUUGGGUUUUUUCCCGCUCAAAAUUGGAUCAAAAAUUAAUCCUUAUUAUAGUAUUGUUAUAGGAGUUCCUCUAACUAGAACCAAAAAAAAGAAAAGAAAUUAAGACAAGACAAGAAAUUCUUUAGAUUUCAAUCUUUGUGGUUUUUUUCUGGGAAGAUUUUAUCUGUUUUUUUUUGAGAGAAAACUUGCUGGAAACAUCCAUUUUCCUGGACCUGGAAAAAAUACGUUUUGAAAUUUUGUGAAGAAUUUUUGCUAUAUUUUUCUCUGAUUCUUCGUGGUUGUACAAUUUUGAGAAUUUUUGAAACAGUGAUUUUUUCAACCUCUAAUUUUCAAUUCCAAAUAUUCCUGAAAAUUUUACGUUUCAAAAAAAAUUUAAUUUUCAAUUCUAAAUUAUUUUUAUUGCUUCUCCGAAAAUUAUCAAAUUUUCAAACUCAAAAUUCGAAUUUUCAAAAUUUUCACACAAAUUUUGAACCGGCUGAUCACUGAAACCAACAAAGAUUCAAAAAAAAUUAUUUUUUUUUUUAGUUUUCUAAGAAAUUUGAGGAUUUCGAGCGGAGCGAGUGUAGACCGCGAGCUUCCGCGUAAGCGGAACUAUCUUCCGCGCAGCGGCCGAGCGGAGCGAACCUUUUUUUUCUAGAGGUUUACUUUCUAGAGUAUAAAAAAAUUUAAAAAAAAAGUUUGCCCGGAGCAAAACCCGAACUCGGCUCGCCUGAUCACCAGCAAAACACUCUACCACUGAACCAGCCACGCUUUUUUGGAAGAGCUUCAAAAUUAGUUGAAAAACUCGCUUAGCGUUUUUUUCGAGCGAAGCGAGUGUAGUCCGCAAGCUUCCGCGUAAGCGGCAAAGCUUCCGCGCAUAGACAAAGUUAUCCUAACUUUGCAAAUUUUUUUCUCAAAAAAAAAAUUUACAUUAGUAACCAUGACAAAUUAAUAAGAAAAAAGAAAUUUUGCGAAAAAUUCCCGAAAAAAUCAUUUUUCGGGAUUUCAAAAAACGAUUUCACUUUUUUUUCCUUCACAUUCCAUUUUCAUCUCUCUAUUUUCGGUCUAUUUUUCCGUUUUUCUUUUUCAAUUCGCCUCCUAAUCUUAUUUUUGUUCAUUUUUCUUCUUCUUCUUUUCAUUAUUAUGCGAAAUAAUAAUAAUAAUUAUUAUUUUCUCCAUUUUCCCCCCAUUUUUGUCUCACAAAAACACUUAAUACGGUUUUUUCUUUUUAUUUUCAUCCUGGGGCGAUUUUUGAUGAUUGAACAUUUUUUUCGGAAGCUUGUUUAGCGCAAAAAUUCGCCACGUGGAUUUCUUCAAAAAAAUGAAAUUUUCCCGCCAAAAAGUUUUUCUUCAAGCAAAAAUCCUCUAUUUUUAAGCGAUGACUGUUCUAGAUGGGGAUUAUUUUCAGAUUAAUUUGUCAAAUUGAUAAAUCUCUCCGUCUCCCACAAAUAUUCACAAAUUUUGCUUUAACAUGUCAAAAAUCUAGUGCACUUUUUGUUGGAACUUUUUUUCAGUAGUAGAAAUGAAAAAAUAGAAUUUCAAAUUCAACUAAUUUUCCGCGCGUGCACGUACUUUUGUUUUUGAAUUUUUUUGUGAAGCGAAAUAUGAAAUUAAAUAUUUUGUUGUUGUUCAUUUUCAGCCCUAUUUUCAGCGUUUUUCUCACGAGAAAAUUAGGCUUUUCCCGCGUGAAUUCUAAAUUUUUUCCUAAUUUUUAUCGAUUUUUCCCCUGGAAAAAGGAUUUUUAACGACUUUUUCUUGAGAAAGUUGUAAAGUUUUCUGAAGUCGUAAAAUAUUUUUAAAACUUUUUUGCAAAAAUACUUUUUUGUUGAGAAGAGAAUGGGAUUUAUUAUAGGAUUAUAGAUGAAUUGAAACUGGUAAAUCCGAUUUUUGAAAUUUUUUUUGUUUUGGAAAUGAACACUUUUUUUUGAGAAAAAAAUUUUUGCUUAUUUUUAGUUUUUUCUUAAGGGAUUUCUUGACUUUUUGAGAAAAUUCUGUAAAUUUUAGACUAAUUAAGGACUUAAGGUCUUAUUAGCCUAAGCUUAAAAUGUCUGAACCUUAAACAUUUAGGCUCUUUAGGUGCUGCUACUUGAGAAAUAGGCUCUCUAGGAAUGGCUCCUUGACAAUUGUUAUCUCUAGACGAUGAUCCUUGAAAACUAGGCUAUCUAGGAGCGGCUACUUGACAUAGAAGCUCUCAAGGCGCGGCUCCUUGCCAGAGUGGAUCUAUCGAUGUGGGUCCUAGACUAUUAGGUUCUCAAGGCGCGGCUCCUAGACAAUUUCAUAAAUCUGAAUCUUGUUGCUAAAUUUUGAACAUUUUUAGUUAAUUUUUAAGCUGGAUUUUAAAGCCCGAUUUUUCAACGUUCUUUGAAAUUUAAAGCUUCUAAUCUGAAAAAUGUGACUUUUUCAGAAGAAAUUUUCACUUGAAUAAUUUUUCUUUUUUUCAAAAAAAAAUUUUCUAGCCAAACAAAACACAGCGCCUUUUUUCCAAUCUCAAAAAUCAGUCAUAAAAUUUUUUUUCGGUGCCGCCGCUCAUAAAUAAGAAUCUCCUCUCCUACGCACACAAAUUUUCAUCCAAAUUUUUCGAGGCUAAUUAUGGAAAUUGGGUAGUAAAAUGGCAAUUUCCGCGUUGUUUCGGAAACCAAAAAUUAUUGUUUUUUUUUUCUUUUGUCUGCCUUCGAACAUAGCUAAAUAACUAAAUAACUAAAUAACCCAACUCAAAGCUUUUUUUCUAUUUUUUUCCAUAAUUUUCGGUCGUUUGUCUCGAGAAAAAGGAGAAAAUAUCCAAAAAAAAAGUUUUUUUUUGCUUCAAAAUUCUAUUACUUACCCUAUAUAUAUUCCUUUUUUCGCCUUUUUUCUCCCACGCUUAUGACAAAGUUAGCCUAACUUUCCUGACUAUUUUGAAAUUUUUUAAAUUCAAAGUUUCGCGCCCAAAAAUCCACAAAAUUUUGAAUUCUCAGAUUUUCGCGCUCAAAAUUUUGAAAUAAAAAUUUUCAGCAAAAUGUUUCUCUACUGAAAAUAUAGCUUGAAAUUCUACUCAAAAAUUCACAAAAAAUUUUCCCACGCUAAGCUUUUUUCUGAAAAUUUACGCGGAAAAAUGUAUGAAAAAAAAGUUGGCCCGAAGCAACACAGGUGGUGGGCUGGCAAUCCGUCUCAGACCUGUAGCGCACCAGUCAGUGAAAUUGCCCGUUCACAGGUCUGUUACUGGUGUCAGACGGGUGCAGACCUGUCACGGGUCGCCUAAAACUGGCGCGUCACGGGUCGCAUACUGCUCGACCAUCUCCCACACAAAACAUAGCGAGACGCACAAACAGCCAACUGUCUGCGAGUCAGUUUGUUUAAGAGAAGCGAGUGUUGCUUGCUUUUUCGAAUUAGAGGUUCUAUGAAAAGCUGUUCUAGUCCGUAUUGGACAUGACUACAAAGUCUAUAUUUUUGGUUUCUAACACAUUGGUCACAUUGGUCCUCUACAUAUAGAUUUUUCAUUUUCAAGUUCCCCUUGUUGACCCCUGAUCAGGAACUCUGACGGGUGUCAUACUGGUGCGAGACCGGUCGGUUCCGGUUUUCGGAACACUGGUGCGGCACAGGUCUGAGACGGGUUGCCAGCCCACCACCUGUGAAAACUCGAACCCGGGUCUUCUGAUCGCCAGCAAAACACUCUACCACUGAGCCAGCCAUGCUUUUUUGGAACUGCCCUGAAUUUAGUUGAAAAACUGUAGAUCGCAAGCUUCCGCGCAGCGGCAAAGUUACCCUAACUUUGCUAGAUUAUCCAAAGAAGUUAGGCUAACUUUUUCCACUUCCACUUCCACUUCAAAUUAUAAUUUAAUUUAAUUAACGGGGGGAAACCCAUAUGUAUUAUUCAAGUUUCAUUUUUUUUUUGUACAAAAAAUGAGAGAAGAGAAAAUAAAUUGGCACCAAUCAUUAAAUUUUUCUCUUUUUUUUUCACAACGACGUCAAGCUAAAGUUUUUUUUUUUUUGGUUUUUUUUCGUUCGAGAAAAAAGGAAGACUAAUGAGCUUUUGUUUGUCGAAAUUUGAGAUUUUUGCAGUCAUGUGAUUUUGAUUUUGAUCAUUUUUCUAGACCUGGAAUUCACGGUAGUUACCCUAACUUCUAGAGAAGUUGGUAUAACUUUGCCGCUUACGCGGAAGCUUGCGGACUACACUCGCUUCGCUCGAAAAAAGCGCAAGGCGAGAUUUUCAACUAAAUUUGAAGCUCUUCCAAAAAAGCGUGGCUGGUUAAGUGGUAGAGUGUUUUGCUGGCGAUCAGAAGACCCGGGUUCGGGUUUUGCUUCGGGCGAAUUUUUUUUUAUUUGUUUUUUCAUACUGUCUGCACUCUCUCAAUUUCACAUAGUCUCUAAAAAGCAAAAUAAUAUGUUCUGUUAGUCUGAAUUUGGACUUGGAAUUGUAGUUUUUUGGAUUUUUCGUCUGGCUCGAAAUUUGAAGCUAGAAAAUUCUAAUAUCUGGAUUUUUUUCCGGCUGAAAAAUCUGAAUUUCCGCUCCGUAUUAGCCAAAAAAAUAGCAUUUUAGUUGAUUUUUUGACCCGGAAAACAAAAUUCAGUUUUUGACAUUAAAAUUAAAAUUUUUAGCAAAAUUUAAGCACGCAACAUUAUUACCAUCAAAUUCAAUUGAAAAUUCAUGGAAAAUUGAUGUUUGAAUUUUUGAAUUGAAAAUUUGAAGCUCAAAAAUUCAUUUUGGUCAAAGCAUGUGAAUUUCACAAGCUUCCUGAAAUUUUCAAAAAAAAAAAUUUUCAAGUAACCGCGCCUAGAGCCUCUGAUUGUCUAGGGGCCGCGUCUAUAGCACCUCAUUUUCAAGCAGCCGAGCCUUGAGAGCUCAUAUGUCAAGUAGUCGCUCCUAUAGCUCAUCGUUUUUAAGCUACCGUGCCUAAACAACCUGUUUGUCUAAGACCCGCUCCGAGAGAUUCAUUCUCUCAAGGAGCCGCGCCUAGAGAACCUCAAUUUCAAGCAGCCGCACCUUGAAAGCGCUAAAUUAUCAAGGAGCCGCGCCUAGAUCACAAGUUCCAAUUCAAAAGCUCAAAAGUUCCUUUCCCUAAGCCACGCCCCCUUUUUCCCUUCUCUCUUUUUUCGCGCCAAAAAUCAUCUGAAAGUGCUCUGUGUUUUUUCCGUCCUGAAGAAAAGCGUCGGCGAAUCCUCUUAAAACCUCAAACCCUGCUCCUUCUCCUUUUUUUCCUGCAUUUUUUUUCUGAUAUUUUUUUUCGGGAGAUAUUAUUUUGCGAUAUUUCCACUAAGCCACGCCCCCGUUUUUUUGGUUUUGGUGCCCUGGAAUUUUUCCAUUUUUUCCGGAAGGAAGUUUUUUGGAUUACUGUGCACUCCGGAGAUGGAGCAAUAAAAUAGGAAUUAUUAGGUACCCUUUCUUUUCUUGAGCUCGGCUCAUUUCUGGAGCUCCAAAUGAGCUCCUCACGCAAUCAGACACUUUGGGCUCCUCACAUCAAAAUGAAAUGUGAUGAUUUAUUAAUUAGAAGCAGGUUUUUGAAUUUCUAUCUCUCUCUUUUCCUUUUUUAUUUUGAAAAAAAAAAAUUUUCUCUCAUUUUUGAUGAGAAAGUAAGUACUUUAUGGGAAAUUUGCGUUUUUUCCCGGAAUUUUACUGUUUCGGAAAAUUUAUAAAUUAUUCAGAGAGAAAUGCCGAUUUUUGUCUCUAUAAAAUUUCACUGUUUCAGGAAAUUUUUGAAUUUUUGAAGUAAUUAGAUUUUUUUGAUUCGUCGCGUUCCGUCUUUGAAAUUUUCCAGAAAUUUUUCACUGUUUCAGAAAGUUUUGGAAUAUUUGUAGAAAUCAAAUUUCUCUGCUCAAUUUUCGAAUUUUGAUUACAAAAUUUUUUUUUUCUAAUUUUUUUCACUGUUUCAGAAUUUUUUCUAAAGAAAAUCCUGGAUUUUCUAGCGUUUUUAAAUUUAAAAAAUGUUCACUGUUUCAGGAAAUUUUUGAAUUUUUGAAGCAAUUAGAUUUCUUUGAUUCAUCUCGUUCCGCCUUUCAAAUUUUCCAGAAAUUUUUCACUGUUUCAGGAAAUUGUUGAAUAUAUUUGGAAAUCAAAUUUUCUGCUUAAUUUGUGAAUAUUCUCGAAAUAUUUUUUUUCUGAUUUUUUUUCACUGUUUCAAAAUGUUUUCUGAAGAAAAUAUUGGAUUUUCUAGCGUUUUUCAAUUAAAAAAAAUUUCACUGUUUCAGAAAAUUGUUGAACAUUUUUUCUUUCUCGAUUUUCUGAUGAGUUGAAACUGUUCUCAUAAUUUUCCAGAAAUUUUUCACUGUUUCAAAAAAGUUCUGGAAUAUUUGUAGAAAUCAAAUUUCUCUGCUUAAAUUUCGAAUUUUGAUUACAAAAUUUUUUUUCCUGAUUUUUUUCACUGUUUCAAAAAUUUUUCUAAAGAAAAUCCUGGAUUUUCUAGCGUUUUUAAAUUUAAAAAAAUUCCACUGUUUCAGGAAAUAUUUGAACAUUUUUUCUUUUUCAAUUUUUUUGAUGAGUUUAUUUAUAACCACUACUCUCAUAAUUUUCAAGAAAUUUUCACUGUUUCAGAAGUUUUUGAAAUUUAAUUUUCUCAUUAAAUUUCUUGUUCUUGAAAAAAUGUAUCUGUUUCAAGAAUUUUUGACAUCAAAAUCAUCUGAUCCCAGGAUUUAGUGUAAUCUGUGGAAAAUUGUAGAAAUAAAUCCUGGAAUAUCUCAUUCUCGAAAAUUCUAAUAAGAAGCUGUUUUGAUGAUUUGUUAUGAAUAAGGAAAAUUUACUGUUUCAAAAAUUCUAGAUAAAAAUUUUUGAAUUUUUGAAGUAAUUUGAUUUCUUUGAUUCCUCUCGCUCCGUCUUCCAAAUUUUCCAGAAAUUUUUCACUGUUUCAGAAUGUUUUCUGAAGGAAAUAUCAAAAUUUUAAUUUUUUUCAACGAAAAUCUUGUUUUGAUGAUUUUUUGAUGUAUAGGAAAAAUUUACUGUUUCAAAAAUUCUAGAUGAACGUUUUUGAAAAUUGAUUUUUUGAUACACAAAAGUCUCAUCAAAAAUUUUUCUAAUUUAUUUAUUAAAAUAUUUUUUAGCUGCAAAAUUCCAGUGAAAUUUUGGACCUCUAAAAUUAGUGAAAAAAACAUGUAAAAAUUCUACUGUUUCAAAAAAUCUAGUUGAAAUAGAAAAUGGGAUUUUUUUUUGUUUCGAAUCGAUUUGAGAAUUGAAAAAUUUCUACUGUUUCAAAAAAUAUAGAUAAAAAUUUUCAAAUUACGAUUUCUCAAUUGUUUUGCAACGACAAUGAAAAAUCCCCUGUUCCAAAAAAAGUUAGCCUAUCUCAAAACUUUGAUCCCUCCUAUCUUCCUUUUCUCAAAAAAAAUACUAUUAUUUAUGAAUGUCCGUUUUUUUCACACUUUUCUUCUUUCUCACUCACAAGUUGCCUUUUUCGUCCUUUUUUUCCCAUUCACAACUCUAUGACUAUUCAAUUUCAUUCAUUCAUUUUUUGCACAUUCAUCAGUUUUUUAUUUGCUUUUUUACCUUACUCAGAGAGACUAUUUUUGGCGCGAAAAAAAAUUUUUUUUUUAUUUUUUUUCGCGCCAAAAUAGGACUGUGACGUAGACAAGGUUCAUUUAAUCGAACUUGUCACUUUUUAUUAGACCUUUUCUCAUUUUCAGAGUCUCGCCAGACGUGUCUCCAAAUUUAUUUUAUUUUAUUUUAUUCAAUUUUCCCCCACACACACACACCCUUUUUUUGGCUGAAACUUUUUUCAUUCUCACGAGUACAAAAAGGGCCCAGAAAAAAUUGUGAAGCGGAAAUCUCAAAAAAAUAAAAUUUCAGGACGCGGAACAAUGAUGAAAGUUGGUCGACACACACGCGCUGCUCAUAGUAUGGAUGAGUCGAAUGAACGGGCGACGCGGAAGAUGAGUGCGGAAGCGGUUUCGAGGAAAUCGUCGUUUGUGAAUAGUCGCAUUGUGAGUUUAUCCGCAAGCUUCCGCGUAAGCGGCAAAGUUAGACUAAGUUUGUAGAGCAGUCAGGAAUUUCAAAGAAAAUCGAAAAUUUCAGCUAUUGAAAAAAUAAAGGAAAUCUGUUGAAACAGUGGAUUUUUCUGACUUUUUUUUUGAAACAGCAAAUUUUUUAUGAGUUUCUAGAUUGAUAAUAAAUUCGAUCACUUACCAGAAAAAACAAUUAGAAAUUUUAUUAUUUGGAAAUUUCGAAACAGUGAAUUUUUGUAGAAUUUUGACAAAUAUUUUUGUUGAGAACAGUGCAAAAUUCAAGAGUUGAUUUCCUGCUAAUCUUGAAACAGUAAAAAUUUUGAAAACUUGAUUUUUGCACUGAUUUUUGAAUUCGAUAAUUUGUCAUCAUUGAAAAAAUUAUAGAUUUAAUUUUCGGAAAUUUUUGAAACAGUACAUUUUUAUGAGUUUUAGAAAGUUUGAUUUUCUCACUAAUUUUUGAGUUUUCCAUCCAUCAAAUUUUUUAUUCAUGAAAAAUUGAAAAAUUUAUCUUACUUAUUUUUUGAAACAGUGAAUUUUUUCACAAUUUUUGAACUAUACAAUUUCUCAUUUUUUAAGAGUUUUUUAAGACAAUAACAAUCUCAAUUCAAAAAUUUUUCCUUAGGUUUUUGAAACAGUGAAAUUUUAUGGAUUUUGGAAAAUUGAAUUUUGCACUGAUUUUUAAGCUUUCGUCUUAAUCAAAUGAAGAAUAAUUGAAAACACGGAGAUUUUGUCUUACUAAUUUUUUUGAAACAGUAAAUUUUUUUGAAUUUUCAAAGAUCAAAUUUUUGCACUAAUUUUUAAUUUUCACUCAAUCACUGAAAAAACGAACGAUUUGUUUUACUAAUUUUUUGAAACAGUAAAUUUAUUUCAAUAUUUUUUUGCAGCUAAAUCGAUCUCGAAAUCAUCCAAAUUUGAAUGGCAGUGAUGACGCUGAAUGUCGGAGCAAUGAUAGUUCUCUCAGGUAAGAAAAUCUAGAUUUUUGGGAAAUCCAAAGUUACCACAACUCUUAGAAGUUCUUCAAACACCAAACCACAUAAAUUUUUAUUUUUUUUUCUCUCUUAGGCUCCUCCAAAAAAUAUCUUAUUUCAUUCACCACGUCCUUUUUCUCUUCUCUAGAGCUCUUUCGGAAAACAUUCUUUAGUCGCUGAAAUUAGUUAGGAUAAAUAACUAGCAGAGAUUGAGAACAUAAGAGGAACAUGAUACUUUUUUUGUGCAUAGGAGGGCGGAAUUUUUGAUGAGAUGAGAUUGCGCAGGGAAAAAUAUGGAAAAUUUCCAAGAAAAAUUAGCUUUUUGGAGCCAGAAACUGUGGGGGACUAGAAAACCAACUAUGCAAAACCUAGUCCCCGAAUUUGAAUCGAAAAAUAUUGUCUUUCUAGAUUCGCUAAAUUGAAAUCAAACAAAGAAUGAAAAAAAAUUCAGAAAAUUUUGAUAUGAAUAUUUUGAAACGUAUUUUUCACAUGGAAUUUUGAUCAAUUUUGAAGGUCGAAAAAAAUUUGAAAAAUUAAUUUUUUGACUGUAAAAUUUUAUGAAAUUUCCGAUUUUUUAUCAUAAAAAAGUGGUGGGGGACUAGAAAACGAACUAUGCAAAACCUAGUCCCCGAAUUUGAAUCGAAAAAUAUUGUCUUUCUAGAUUCGCUAAAUUGAAGUCAAGCACGGAAUGAAAAAAAAUUCACAAAAUUUUGAUAUGAAUAUUUUGAAACGUAUUUUUUACCUGACAAAAUUUUGGUUAAUUUUGAAUGCCGAAAAAAAUUUGAAAAAUUAAUUUUCGAAUUUUUCAAACCUGAGCAACCCCGUAUUUUUGCAGUGUCCGCGACAUUUCACAAUUCGACGAACCCUCGUGCUCAGAUAUCAUUGAUGAUGGUGGAACUCGUCGUGCUCGAAGUGUCGCCUCAUCUCGAAUCUCAUUAUUUUUCGGAAAAGAGAAAAAUGAUAUGAUAAAUCGGCUGAACUCAUUGAAAGAGGAACGAGAAGCCGAAUUUCCGCAUUAUCGAUUGGAAAAAGAUUGGAGAGAAAUUGUGAGGGAUUAUCAGGUGAGCAAUGAUUUUUUAAUGAAAAUGAAAAAAAACCUAUGUGAUUUUUAAUUGCAGAACUUGUCUGAAAAAGCCAUCAAACAACAAGAAGCGAUUUGGGAGAUUAUAGCCACUGAACAUCGAUAUAUUAAGGUAAUUUCUUAAUUACCUUAAUUAAUUAAUUAUCCCCUUAAUUACCCUAAUUAUUUGCAGCUUCUUCGUUAUUUGGUCGAUUUGUCAUUUUAUCUACAACAUUUACAAUAUGCGGGUUAUUUGAAAGAUAUCGAUCAUCGACUCGUUUUUAUCAAUUUUCCACAAUUGCUUCAAGUUAAUGUCCAAGGAUUGUGGACACUUUCGAUUGAUCCGAUUUUGAGUAACUCGAGGUUGGUGGGGGAAUUCGGAACUUGUAGGAAUUUUGUGAGCUCAAAAUUAUCAAAAUCGAAAAAUUAUAUAAAGAAUAUUGAAACAGUGGAAUUUUUGAGUUCAAAAAAUUGUUCAUACAAAUUUUGAAACAGUAAAUUUUUUUUGUAAUUUUUUUUUAUAUAUUUUUGGAACCGGAGCAAGCAAUCAUCACUUCAAUCUAAUCAAAAAGUUAUUUAGAAAAUUAUUGAAACAGUAAAAAUUUUAGAAAUUAAAAAAAAAACAUUUUUGACAAGUUAGCGGAUUUUUCUGGCUUUCAAAAAUUUAUCGUUUUCACCAGAUUGUAAAAUUAUUUCAAACAUUUUUGAAACAGUGAUUUUUUAUUCGUUAAACGAUUGCGUAUUAAAUAAUUUUUCAUUCAUUUUGAAAUAUAAAAAUUUUGAAACAGUGAUUUUUUAUUUGAAAAAAAAACAGAUUUCCUGAUUCUGAAUCUGUUGAUUUUUUCAUCGACAAAACCCGAUAAAGAAUAAAAAAAUUCUCCAUACAAUUUUCAAUAUACAAAUUUUGAAACAGUGAAUUUUUAUCUCAAAUAAAAUUUAAAUAAUUUUGUAGGUAAUAGUCACCCAUCAAAAAAUUAUCUAUUAAAUUUUGAAUAUUCAAAUUUUGAAACAGUGAUUUUUUUUUGAAAAAUUUUUAUUUUUAAAAAUUGCUGAUUUUGAAACUUCUAAAUCCAAUUUUUCUUUUCUUAAAACUUGCGCUAACUCAAUUUUAUCUUACAAAAAAGAGAAGAAAAUCGGGGAGUUCUUUGAACUAGACCCUAAGCGGAGCAUCGUUUUAAAAUAAAUCCUCGAAUUUUUUCAGAUCAACUGGAGAUCCAUUGGAUGUUCGCCAACUUUGGAAUGGCUUCGAAGAAAUUGGUGAAUGGUCGAAAUAUUAUAUUGCAUUCAAUUUAUCACACACCGAAAGUCAUUCAUAUUUACAAAAGAAAACCAAAGAUCACGAACAAUUUCGAGAAUUUGUUCAAUGGGCUGAAUCACAGGAAAAUCUCGAUCGACAGAAACUUUGCGACACUUUGAGUCAGCCGAUGCAAAGAUUGACUAGAUAUAAUUUAUUGCUCAAGGUUCGUUUUUUUUGUGCUCAAAAAGCUGGUUUGUUAGAAUUAGGAAUCCCCUGGGAACCUUUUUUGGGUGUUCUUUGUUUGGUUUUUGCAAAAGGAACUUUUUUGAGGGACCAUUGGAAAGUUUAUAAAUUAUCAUCUGAAAGUUUUGUUGAGCUGAAAAUCCACGUGGAAAAAUUGUUACGCCAAAAAAUUUAAUAAAAAAAUUUUUGCAACAAAAAAAUUCACUGUUUCAGAAAACUGUGAAAUGUUUUUUGUUGAAUGAAGAAAUCGAUAUGAAACAAAAUUUCGAUGAAAACAAAUCCGUUCCGCGUGGCAAAAUUCCGUUAAAAUUUCAUAAUCUGAAAUUUUUCAAAUUUUGUUGAGCUGAAAAACGUGGCGAAAUUCAAUCUGAAGAUUCUUGAAUUCAAAUUUUUGUGUCAAAAAAUCCACGUGGCAAAAUUUAAUUUCGAAAAUAUUGAAUUAUUUCACAUAAAAAAAUUCACUGUUUCAAAAAACUUUGAAAUGUUUUUGUUGAAUGAAAAAUUCGAUCAAAACUGAAUCCGUUUCGCGUGGCAAAAUUCUGUUUAAAUUUCAUAAUCUGAAAUUUCUCAAAUUUUGUUGAGAUGAUAAUCCACGUGGCAAAAAUUUCACGUCAAAAAAUUUAAUUAAAAAAAUUUUUGCAACAAAAAAAUUCACUGUUUCAAAAAACUGUGAAAUGUUUUUGUUGAAUGAAAAAAUCGAUAUAGAUAAAACCAAUUUGAAUUUGGCGCUAAAAAAUCCUCGUGUCAAAAUUUUGUUGAAAAUUCACAGUCUGUAAUUUUUAAAAUUUUAUUGAGCUGAAAAUCCACGUGACGAAAUUUUAAACUAGAUUUUUCAGGCCAAAAAAUCCACGUGGCAAAAUUUUAUGAAAAUUUAAAUUUUCUCUGAGAAAAUUCACUGUUUCAAAAAAUUAUGAAAUAUUUUUGUUGAAUGAAAAAUUCGAUAUAAAACAAAGAUUCGAUAAAAAACAAAUCCGUUCCACGUGGCAAAAUUUCCGUUUAAAAUUCAAAUUCUGUAAUUUUUCAAAUUUUGUUGAGCUGAGAAAGAAGCUGAAUUUUUUGCAACAAAAAAAUUCACUGUUUCAAAAAACUGUGAAAUGUUUUUGUUGAAUGAAAAAUUCGAUAUGAAACUAGAUUAAAUUUGAAUUUCGCGCCAAAAAAUCCACGUGACAAAAUUUUGUUGAGCUGAAAAUCCACGUGACGAAAUUUUUUACCCCAAAAAAAAAUAAUUGAAAAAUUUUUUUUUGCAACAAAAAAAUUCACUGUUUCAAAAAAUUAUGAAAUAUUUUUGUUGUAUAAAAAAAACGAUACGUUUCCUCCUUUAUUCGAAAAAAAAUUCGAAUAUUAUUUGCAGGCUCUUCUAAAAGUGACGUCACAAGAAGAUGAGCGGAAAAUGUUGGAAGAUAUGAUUGAAAGAUCGGAAUCCGCCACAAAACAAUUGAAUUAUGAAAUGAAUAAUAAUGAUUUGAGAUUGCAAUUGAAUGAUGUGAUGAGAAGUAUUGAAGGAUAUGAAUGUGUGGAUUCAGAAGAAUUGGAAAAGGUAAGAAAAUCUGAAAAUCUGGAACUAUGAAUAGUUUUCAUAUUUUUUUGAGAAAAAUAAUAUCGUUUCAGUCACUGUUUGGAAUCAAAAAUUCGAAAAAUCGAUUUUUUUUGUUAUUUUUUUGAAACAGUAGACUUUUUGUCAAACUUUGCUUCCAAUUUUUAAUCUAAAAAAAAAUACAUCAAAAAUUCAUCGAAAAGCAGAAUUUCUAUUAAUUUGUGCGAAAAAAUGUUUAAAAUUUUGAAUUCUAAAUGAGGAAAGGGACCAAUUUGAAAGGAAGUUAGGCUAACUUGGUUCUUACGGCGCUCAAGAGUAAAAAAAUGGAAUUUUGGGCAUAGCUUCCGCUGAAAAUUCUGGAAUUUUCAGACAAAGAAAUUCCAGUUUUUCAGAAAAUAAGGGUUUUUCGAGUGGAUUAACAUGCUGAUCUAAUUUUUUGGAAAAUCUAGAAAGUUAGGCUAACUCUGUAUAAAUAUUUUUACAGCUCUUCGGCUAUCGAAUAAUGCUAAACCUUUGUGAAUGUAUGCCACUUCUGCCCCACAAAGCUCCAACAUAUCGAACAAUAUUUCACAAAGGCGAUGUUCGAAUGGCUGAAUCGAGAAAAGGAUCGAAAAUUGAUGUGCAUUGUAUUGUAUUCACCGAUAUGUUUUUGAUUUGUCGAAAAAUUCAGGGAAAAAAAGAUCGAUUGAAAAUCAUCAAACCGCCCAUUCAUAUUGCCAGAAUUGUUUUUCAUCCGUUCCCAGAAGCUAGUGAGUUUUGAGCUAUGUUUUGAGCCGAACUUCUAGAGUUUCCUCAACUUCUAGAGUUUCUAGAGUUUCCUAUGUAGUUUGCUCAAGUCUCAAAGUUCAUAAUUUGUAGAAAAUUUGAGGAAAUUCUCAUUAUUGACCGGAAAUCCUGUGAUUUUUAGAAAGCAAAUUAGAUUUUUCCAUUAAAUUCAAAAAUGAAAGGGAUUUUUUUGAUAAAAAAAUUUUUAAAAAAUUAGCCAAACUCUUUAGAUUAAAAUUUGGGCAUAGCUGAAAAUCCAAAAAAAAUCUGAAAAUUCUGGAAUUUCUUUUUUUAUAAAAUAUUUCAGAGGGGGUUUUCAGAGUUAAAAUUCGAGAUUUUCAGACAAAAAUCGUAAUUUUCAGUGUAAACUGGAUAAAAAUUCAAAAAAAAAAUGAAUUUUUCGAAUUUUCUCGAGUGAAAUUCAAGUUUUGGGCAUAGCUUCCGCAUCUCUGCUGAAAAUCCAAUAAAAAUUUGAAAGUGCUGGAAUUUUCAGACAAGAAAAUUCCAGUUUUCAGAUUUUUAUCAGAUAUUUCAGAAUUUUAAUUUUGAAAAAAUCCCAAGUAAAACCCUUCCCAUUCUGAAAUAUCUGAUAAAAAUCUGAAAACUGAAGAAAUUCCAGCAUUUUCAGAUUUUUAUUGGAAUUUCAGCGGAGAUGCGGAAGCUAUGGAACUUGGAGAUUUUGUUCGAGCGAAGCGAGUGUAAACCGCAAGCUUCCGCGGCAGCGGCCACGCGGAUUAAUAUGACGUUUGCAAUAUCACGUGGCCGCUAAAGCGGAAGAUCGUGCCGCUUCGCGGAAGCUUCCGGUUUACACUCGCGCUUGAGGUGCUCGAUCAAAAUUCGGGCAUAGCUUCCGCAUCUCCGCUGAAAUUCCAAUAAAAAUCUGAAAAAUGCUGGAAUUUCUCCAGUUUUCAGAUUUUUAUCAGAUAAAUCAGAAUGUGACUUGGAGAUUUUGUUCGAGCGAAGCGAGUGUUAACCGCAAGCUUCCGCGCGGCGACGCGGAUUAAUAUGACGUUUGCCAUAUCAUAGUAAACCACGUGGCCGCUUACGCGGAAGAUCGUGCCGCUUCGCGGAAGCUUCCGGUUUACACUCGCGCUUGAGGCGCUCGAUCUGAAAUUCCAAUAAAAAUCUGAAAAAUGCUGGAAUUUCUCCAGUUUUCAGAUUUUUAUCAGUUAUUUCAGAAUGAUUUUGGGGAUUUUUUUAAAAUUAAAGUUAUGGUAACUUAACCUAAAUCCCCUGUCUUUCAGACGGAUUCUACGUGAUUUCAAUGACCGAAUUCCGAACUCCCGCCUCACUUUUCAUGAUGUACACAUCCGGAAUCGAAGAAACACAUCGAUGGACAGAAAUGUUGAAAAUGGCCGAAGACGAAUAUAAAAGAAUCUAUCGCGGAAGUUGGUCUCAACACGAUUUCGACACUCCGGUUGACGAAUUUGGCCGCGGAUUUUUGGGAGAACCGGUAGGAAGUGCAGGAUAUCGUGCAGCUGGAGCUGGAAUGCCGCCAGGAAUGGCUAAUUUAUCAGUUUCGCAUAGAAAAUGUAGUAGUAUGGAUUCGCAAGCUGUUGCUGCGCAUGCACAUUUGAAUUGUGAGUGAUUAUUUUAUGAUUUACGGAAUAAAAAACGUUUUUUAACGUUUUUUAACGUUAAGAAACCCAAAAAAGUGAUUCACGAACGAUAUUUUUAUUCAUUUUUCAAAUAUUCUCUUUGAAAAACAUUCCCAACUGAAUAAAAUGAAGCUAAAACGCAUUUUAGUGUUCAGAAAUGCUAUUUUAAGACCUUCUAAUCAGCCUGAAAAACAAAUCAAGCCUCACAUCUCCCGAAAAAUGAAAUUGUUGAUUUUCGAAACUUUUCGAAAGUCACCAAUUUCAUUUUGGUGGCUUUAUUUGUCCUUAAGGCUGAUUAGAAGGUCUUAAAAUAGCGUUUCUAGACACUAAAAUGCGUUUUAGCUUCACUUUAUUCAGUUGGUUAUGUUUUUUAAAGAAAAUAUUUAAAAAAUGAAUAAAAAUACCGUUCGUAAAUCACUUUCUUUGGUUUUUUAACGUUAAUUAAUUAACAUACCCUAAUUAAAAUUAAUUCUAGACAUGCAUCGAAGCUCUGUCGUCUCCUCAACUGAACAACUCGAUCGACACAGUGGAAGUACUUCGGAUAUGUCGAAAAACACACCGCCGAGACAUAAGCUGAGUGUGGCGAGUUGUAUUGCGAAUCCACUUUCAUCCAGCAAAUCAUCGGUGGAUUUGUAUGUGUCGAUGGGAAAUGAGAAUGGUAUGCUAGGUUUUUGGGGAAGCUUCCGCGCAGCUGCAAAGUUAUCCUAACUUCAAGUUAGGGUAACUUUACAGCGCUUGUGAAGAAGAAGAAAAAAAAAUGAAAAUUUGGGCAUAGCUUCCGCAUCUCUGCUGAAAUUCCAAUAAAAAUCUGAGAAAUGCUGGAAUUUUCAGCACAUAUUAAGGGACGAUUCAGAAACUAGUUAAUAGUUACUGAAUCGUCCCAUAAUUUGUGCUGAAAAUUCCAGUUUUCAGAUUUUUAUUGGAUAUUUCAGAAUAGGACUUGGAGGGUUUUCGGUUAAAAUUCGAGAUUUUCAGACAAAAGUUUCAAAUUUCACAUGCAAAAAGUUAGGCUAACUUUCAAAAAUUCAAAUUGCAGAACUCGAUGAUCGCCCCCGCAGCCGCUCAAAUUCUUCCGGUCCAGACAUCGAAGGAAUCAAGCCCCGCUCGCGAAGCAAUUCUCCAGCUCCCAAAGAAAAUGGCGAAGAUUCCCCACUCAACAACACACCGUGCCGCGAUUCACCAACACUUCUCAUAACUCCCGACGAUUCUGUCGAACCUCAACAUUCAGGAAGAAGAUUUGAGAAAAGAUAUCACACCGCUGAUGGAAUUGAUGUUCUCAAACCCAAAAGCUCAAUGUUGCCUGGCGCGAUUUUAAAGAGAUUUUCAUGGAAUGUUGGAAGUGCUGUGAAUGGAAGUAGCCGAAAAAGAUUGGAAAGUUCGAGAAGAAGUUCGCAGGCGUCGACAGCUGCAAGUAUGGAUAGUUUUGGAAGUUCGACAUCGGGAAUUUCAACAAGUAGUUCUUGCAAUAAUGAAAAUACUAGUUCGACAGCUUCACAUGUUUCUACAAUUGCUAUAAAUGACACACCAACUGAACCACAAUCAACUCUUAGUAUCAAUUUGGAAAAUGCGCCGACUGUUAUUGAAGAGGAUAAUGAUACACCAGUCGAAGUUCCGCCAAUUCCCGAAUUACCGCCGCCAAGCACAACGCCUUCACCAAAUUCAACUUCGUCCACCAAAAAACACCCAAAACAUCAGGAACUUUUGAAAUUUAUUAUGGAUAAUCAUUUGGAGACAUCGUAAGUUUCCACAAGAAAUUUGAAUCAAUACUAAUAUUUGUUUUUUUGCAGAGAUGUCUGA